AUGGCAAAGGAUUCCUUAUGGAUUCUUCUUCUUCUCGUUAUUGUGGCAGUUUCGAGGCUUGAUUUGGUAGAAUCGGAUCCUCUCCAAGCGAUCUAUAUAUUCGGUGAUUCCACUAUGGAUGUGGGGACUAACAAUCACUUGAAGGACAGCUUAGCGAGGUCCGAUAUGCCUUUUAAUGGCAUCGACUUUCCAUUCUCCCAACCAACUGGAAGGUUUAGCAAUGGCCACAAUACCGCCGACUUGAUUGUGAGAUUGUUCGGGGAGAAUAGGAGCCCUUCUCCUUUUCUAACUCUUUUGAGCCACCAAUCGACUUUUAAGGCUGAUAUUAUGAAAGGUGUCAACUUUGCAUCCGGAGGGUCAGGAAUUCUAAAGGAAACGGGAAACUACACAUUGAAGGAGGUUGUCCCAUUGGAAGUACAAAUCGAUCAAUUCUCAACGGUAUGCUCAAACAUCACCCAAUUAUUGGGCUCCGAUAAAGGGAAUAGUUUGAUCAAUAGUUCCUUGUACAUCAUAAGUGUCGGAAGCAAUGAUUUCUUCGAUUACCAACGACUUAACCUAAGCGCGAGCAUUCCUCGGGACGCUCUCUUGGCGAGUCUCCAUCAGACCUAUGCCAGGCAAUUGAAGAGGCUUUACUGUUUGGGGGCGAGGAAAUUUGGUAUAGUGAGUGUUCCUCCAAUCGGGUGUUGCCCGUUUGAGCGCGCUGUUUAUGGCGGUGGCGAAUGCGUCGACGAUAUGAAUGCUUUUGCUCUGGAUUUCUAUGAGUUGACUCGGUCAAUGUUGGAGAAUCUAAGUAGGAAAUUUCCUGAUUUUGAAUAUUCACUUGGGAAUGCAUACAACAUGACCAUGACUAUGCUCAACAAUCCUAUUUUAUUUGGAAUUAGAGAAGCGAAAACGGCUUGUUGUGGACAAGGGAAGUUCAACGGGGAAGUCCCGUGCAACAAGUCGGCCAGCCUAUGUCCGGAUCGUAAGGAAUACCUAUUUUGGGACAUGUUCCAUCCGACCCAAGCCGUGUCCCAGCUGGCAGCUCUCACACUCUACGGCGGUUCUCAACCUUUUGUGGCACCCAUGAAUUUCAGUCGCCUAGCAGGUGUUGUCUGA